CCUUCUACUGUUUCAAUAUCAGACAUGACAACUGAGUGGAUGACCUCUGACAUGUUUAUUGUGGCCGUUGUGGUUCUGGUGCUGGUUCUGCUGUUUCUGCUGGUUCUCUGUUGGCUCAUUGGACACAGCAGCAGAAGAGACUUGGUAGAAAUCCAGAUCUCAACUGGGAAACCCGGCAGCACCCUGAUCAUCAGAACCAGGCAGGACCAUGCAGAUGAGCUGCUGCAGCGCCUGAUGGAUCAGAUCAAUGAGAUGGAGGAAGGAGAACCAGGAACUGGAGCAGAAACUGAUCCAAAAGUGGAAUCUGAUACUGAAGAAGAACCUGACCCUGAAAUGGAACCUGAUCCUGGUGAAGAACCAGAACUAGAGGGAGAGGCAGAACCUGAAGAACUUCAGUCUCCAGAGACUUAUUCCUUAGCACCGGCAGUGUGGAUAGAAAUAUAA